AUGUGCUACAUUAGAGGACGCAACCAAAUAGUUUUACCGUUUGCAACAACAGGCAUUGCCGCUAUUCUUUUAAAAGGGGGUAGAACAAUACAUAGAGGAUUUAAAUUACCUAUUCCGAUUGUUGAUAACUCUGUAUCUCGCAUGAGUCUUCAUUCCCCUGAUGCUACUGUUAUUAAAAGGACCAAAUUAAUUAUUAUCGACGAAGCCACAAUGAUGACUAAAUACGCUUUACGCUGUAUCGAUAGAUUACUUAAAGAUAUAAUGCAAACAGUUUUCCCAUUCGGUGGUAAAGUUAUAUUAUUGGGCGGCGAUUUUAGGCAAACUUUACCUGUCAUUCCAAACAGUUCAAAAGCAUAUAUUAUUGAAUCGUGUCUUAAGUCUUCUGAUUUAUGGGUUUAUUUUAAAGUUAUCCACCUGAAUGAAAAUAUGCGGUUAUCUUCUGAAAAUGUUAAGUAUAAUUCCUGGCUUUUGAAUGUUGGAGAGUCUUUAUCAAAUGUUUACAAUCCUUUACUCCCUCCAGAUUCGAUUGAAAUCCCAAAUUCAUUAUUAGAAAAUUCAUUAAUCAAAUCAAUAUAUGGAGACUCCAUACAAAUAUCUGAUAUUAACCUAUUUUCAAAAAAAAUUAUAUUAACCACUAAAAAUAACAUAGCCCUAAAUUUAAAUAACGAAAAUAUUCAACAACUACCAGGAAAUUCUAAGAUAUAUUAUAGUGCUGAUUCUAUACAAACAUAUAAUCCGGAGGAUUUAUUUAAUUACCCCAUUGAAUUUCUUCAUUCUCAAACCCCAUCAGGAAUGCCUCCUCAUAUUUUAAAUCUUAAAGUUGGGACAAUAAUAAUGCUUCUUCGUAACAUGAACCCCAGAAGAGGCUUAUGCAAUGGGACACGCCUUUUUAUCAAAAAUUUACAUGAUAAUUUUAUAGAUUCUGAAAUAUUAUCAGGAACGCAUAAUGGCCAUCGCGUUUUUAUUCCUCGAAUUGAUCUAUCCCCUAGCGAUUCCCGGUUACCUUUCAUAUUAAAAAGACGCCAAUUUCCUAUUAUUCCUGCUUUUGUUAUGACUAUUAACAAAAGUCAAGGUCAAACAUUUGACAAUGUCGGCCUCUUUCUUCCUGAACCUGUGUUUUCCCAUGGUCAGCUCUAUGUUGCUCUAACACGUUGCAGAUGA